AGACUCAACGCAGCGGCGAGAACAACAACAAAGCCAAGUGGCGCGGUUUCUGAAUGUGGAUUAGUAAUUACGCGCAACACUCGAUAAUAAGGCCUACCACUGAAUAGAGGCAUAAAAAGAAAACAUAAAAACUGGCGGGCAGUGUCCUCUGAUGGAGGAUGAGGAGGAAGGCUUGUCUCUGCUGUCCCUUUUCCAUGGAAGGUCACUCACUACCACGCCUGUUGAGGACAGAACUACUCUGGACCGAACGACAGGACCCCCUACUGACAGUGCAGUGCAGAGCUCUGCUGUCGUAGCAGGCAUGCCCCUGCUACAGACCACGCCGCGCUGCAGGGUCAUGGCCUCUGGGCCAGACGCAGCUCCCCCUAGUGGCAGGGCCAGGCCACUUCAGCGGUCCCUACAUGGAGCCGUGGGGUUGGGGUUAGUGUCCACGCCUACUACAACCACGGAAGAGACGAGAGCAUUGCUGCACAGUUUGAUUUUCUUCCCUGAAGGUGACCCUGAGUUUGGUGCGCACUUCCUGACUGUGUCGGAACCACCACAUGCCACAGCAGAGGAGGAUGAGGAGGAGGAAGAAGUGGGAAUGCCCGAGGAGAGAGAUGAAGAAGCGCGGCCAGGAGCGAGUGUGGAGGUGCAGAUCGGACGGAAGCUGCGUGAGAUCGGCGAUCAGUUUCACGAGGAGCAUCUACAGUUGUUCCUGCAGUAUCAGAGGGCCCAGUUGCCGGGUUGGUGGCACAUAGCAAUGACACUCUACAAUUUCCUGUUUCCAGUGGAAGAGAUUGGACCUGGUGGGGGUCAAAGGUGAAGAAGCCCUUCUGCCCUAGGCACUAGUGCUCAUCACAUGUUGUGGUCUCUAUAGAGUGCGGUUAAAAGAAUGUGGACUCAUGGGAAGUCUAAAACAAUCAAAAAACGAAAAAGAGAACACGAGAGAGUCACCGCUGGCCGGAGACCUACCCCCUCCUCUUUAAAGAAGCCAUCCUCUGAAUAGAGCCCCAAAAAGGCAGUGUCUCUAGAUUUCUUAUCUUUGUUAACUUUAGUUUUUAAAAUUCAUUUGUUUUCACUUUACAAAUUGCUAGACCUCGUCUAAGCUCAGUGAAUGCCUUACUAGAGCCAGCAGCACCAGUAAAGUGAUUUGUAGA